GGAGCUGGUUUACAUUUAAGCUCUGUUUUGCUGUGAUAGUGUGGGGUUUUUUUCUUUUCUUAAGAGACAUGAUUUUUUUUUUUAAUAUAUAUAAUUAAUUAUACCAAAAUGAGUCUGCUUUACAAAGGAAUGGCUUGAAACCUAUUCAUUUGGUUGGCACUUGAAUGGAUUACGGUGCUAUGCCUAGAUCUCUGAGUUUGAGAUUAUCCAGAAGACUACAUGAGUACAGCUACCAGGUGGAGAGCGGGACUCUCCCCACAAGAGUCAAGAAGGAAAAGAUGGUGAAAAAGAAGCUGGAGCAAAAGAAAGCCUUCAGUCUGGAGGAAGCUCAGCUUGUGAUGGAGCAGCAGAACAAGUGCCAGAGCAGACCAGCCCUGCCAAGGUCUCAGACCAUUGGAGGACCUUUGGAAAGGAAUGACAGCUUGAACUCAAGAAGUAGCUUCAUGAAGCACAACAAAACCUUCCACAAACUCUUCCCAGAUAUCCCUGAGAGUGAAGACUUGUUGCACGCCUACAUCUGUGCUCUGCAGAGAGAGGUUCCAUACCAUGGCCGUCUGUAUAUCACAGAGAACAAUGUGUGCUUUCACUCCUCUGUGCUUCUCAAGGCCACCAAGGUGGUGAUCCCCGUGUCUAAUAUCACUGUCCUGAAGAAGCAGAACACAGCACUGCUGGUGCCAAACGCUCUGUCCAUCCGCAGCAACCUGGGAGAGAAGUAUUUAUUUGUGUCUCUGCGGAACCGUGACGGCUGCUACAGGCUGCUGCGUGCAGUUUGCUCAUAUCCGGAUGACUGUAGCGCCAACAGCAGCCCGCUUUUCUCAUCUACCGAGAACAGCUUUGAUCAGAGCAAACUGGUGAAUUCGAGCCAGUCGAGUCUGACUGAUGCCUACGAGGAGCUCGAUGGAACAGACUCUGGACUUUUACUGCAACCUCCUGCUUCUAAACUUAAAGACUCCGUCUCAAAUGGAAGUCAUCCGACUUUAAGAAGUCCACAUAGAGAACGUCAGAGUCUGACAGAGGAGUACACAGGGGCCUCAUGGAUGUGGAACGUGACUGACGGAGCCAGAUCACUGCUCAUCCAGAGAGAAGCCACCAACCUCAACACUCUGCUGCUCAUCUACUUAAUACUGGUGGUGCUGCUCGUGGUGUCCUCUGGGUAUAUUGGCCUGCGCAUCGUGGCUCUGGAGGAGCAGCUGACCUCUCUGGGAGCCUUGCCUGAAUUCACUCUACACAGCGGGUACAAGGACACGUAAACGUGAAGGAGAAAGGAGAGACUUGUUUAUCUUAUGACCCUGAGGAGGAAUGACAGUGUCGGUCCAUAUUUCAGCAUUUCUCAGACCCCAGUAGAGCCGAAGUGCUGUGAGCAUUAUUCAUUCUACAAGAAGAAAACCAAAGCACUCUGUGAUGCCGCAUCAUACCAGGAGUCUUGUGGCCCUUUUUCCUCUCCACAAACCAAAGACUCCGCUCUGAGCAGGAGGGGGCAGAGCUGUAAUGACAAAGCAGAAAUGAAGCAAUUUCCAAACAAAGGCUGUCUGUCUGCUAGUGUAGCCCAGUUACUUUGUUUCGGUCUUUUCCUCCUUUCCACCUUUAAUCUCAUCUUGGUUGAUGCUUGAAUUAUUCAUCCUUUUUGAUCACAUUUCUCUCGUGAAGAUGAUUUCUCUCACUCUCUCAAAUCACCAGGUGGCAGUAUUACACCUUGCUUUGGCAUGAUUCAGACAUUCAUGAAUGAUCGUUGCUUGGUGGAUGAUCUUUCCCUCCUCUUUUUUUUUUUUUUGUAAUUUAUGGAUGUAUGCAUCUUCUAUGCACAAAAUAAUCUCCCGAUCAGGUAUUUUUAGCCUCUUUUUGUACUGUGGUCGACAAAGUACUCGGUGCCUGUUUUUAAUCAGAUAAACUGUUAAAAAGCUCCAGAGGCAUUGUGCAGCCCAGACGGGAUGUUUUUCAGAUUCACCGCACAAAAAGACUGGCGUGUCUGAAAGGAGCAAAACCGCCAAAAAAAAGAAACUGAAACAUACUUGAGUCUCAUUUCAAGAACUGACAAACCUUUGACAUGGUCCAAUAUAUGCAUUUUGUGUGUGUGUGUGUGUGUGUGUACACAUACGAUUGUAAAAUAAGAGGCUUAAAGUGAAUUGGUGCACUUUAAUGUGUAUUUGUGGAUUGUACGAUAAGGAAGUUUGCUGUUAUCUGGAGUAUAAUAUGGGCAUUAUGCUUCAUUUUACCUACACAUUUGUGCUUUACCGCAUACCAGGGUGUCCACAUGUAUGACCACAGUGUCCAGACAACUUGCACAUAAGAUACUCAAAUUGCGUAUAAGAGGAAAAAUACAAAACCCCCAUCUACUGUACAAGUCUCGCUGUUGAAGUGUGUUUAAAGCUGUAAUGUGUUCUCUAAAUUCAGACAAAUGUUUUAAACAGCAAAUAAUCCAUUUCUGAAUUUUCAUUUGCCCAAAUCCUAGCCCAAGGGCAACAGGCUACCACUAACCUUGAUUUUACACACCCUUCUGGUGCGAGUGACCUUGGUACUCUCAAGCAUCAAAUAUUUUCAAAACGGUUUCACAUGAGAAAACGAAGCGACUCAUGUCUGAUUAUAGCCUAAAGUCUUGGAACUGUGUGAAUUUAAAAUGCAAGACAGGCCUUGGAUUUGUCCUGUCUGUAAUCUCUGACUAAUUGAGGAUGUGUGGACACUCUGGUGUGCGUUUUGUUUCAGUCGGGUUAAAAAAUUAACCACCAGGGGGCAGACUUCAACCCAAACGUCUCUGGUCCACAGGUUUCUAUUUUACAGUUGAUCUGUAAAAUGUUAGCAAUUUCACACCAACCAGGAUAACUUGUGUACAUCAUCCAGAUGUUAGUGUCACCUUUAGACUCCUGUCACAUCUUACUACACUCAGUUUUGCAUCCUGUGGAAGUGCACAAGCACAGGACAGCCAUCCUGCACAUACACACACAUGGUGCGUGUAUUUUAAAAUGGAGUACAGCACCAGGUGCUGAAGAGUCUUUAACUCGGGGCUUCUUGCACUCGGUGCCCUGUUCCUUUCAGUCUCCUACAGUGUUGUACGUCUGUGCUUGUUCAGCUCAUAAAGAAUUGGUUAAGUUAUGGCGUGUUAGAGAAAGCACAUGUCGAAAUCAGCUCUGGGAUUUAUUUUCCAACUCUUCUGCUGCUCCUUAGAACUAUGCUAAUUCUAGUUGUAGUGUUACCAGCAUGGUAGUACACGUACGUUGUAGUGACAUGUAUAGAUAAAAAAGGAUCUAUAUACCCCAACAAAGGUGCAUGUUGAUCAUCCCCCUGGGGUAUUUCAGUCUCCAAUCAGUUCAAUGUAAUUUAAUGAUUUGAUGGAUCCUUUUUAUUUUCAUCAAGUAAAGAGGAAAAGUGUUGCAUCGAGACUAAUUAUGAGACUAAGUGUUUGGCUCACUCUGAGCUCUUGUAAUUUCCUUUCAAUAACAACAAUGCAAGAAUUCAAUGAGUGUAUCAUUUUCUGUUUGCACUAUUGAAUGGUGUGUAAAUAUUAUUUUGUAUUGAUUUUGUCCUUGAAUGAAUUCCCACUGAUGUAUUUAUUGCUUUCUCUGUAAGGCAAAGUGAUCUCUGUGAGACCAGCUUUGAGAUUUGAAUAAAAUAAAUGAUGGGGAGAAAA